GGUUUUCUUUAUCCAUUUUUCCUUUUUUGCCAAUCAAGAAAAAGAAUUAUUAUUAUUUUUCAGAAUUAUGAGUUCAUGUUCCAAUUUCUUCCUCUUUGUUUGUGAUCCGCCAUUACAAGAAGAUAUUGAUUCAUAAGGGUUUCUUUUGGACAUUCAUAAGCAUAGAAACUCCUGGUAACAUGGAUAACUUACCUUCUAGCAAGGAAGAAGGUACCUCUUCUUCACUGAUUUACAACAAUGAUUUGAUGAGUGAGGGUGUCAUUCCACAAUUAUUCAGUUGCUUUCCACUUCCAGCAAUUAAUGAAGCUUCUUCAUAUCUUCUGCAAACAACUUCAAAUUUGGGCCGUCGGUUCUCUACCAUUGUUGAGGAAGUUGUCUUGGCAGAUGGUAGCAAGACAACACAAAUUAUAUCAUCUUCUGAUCAGCAAGCAAGGCCUCUUUUAGGCAACUCUAUAUCUUCAUCAGAGCAGUGUUCCACUUCAUCAGAACCUUCUUUUGCAACUGCUGAUCCUUCAAUGCAUGAUCGGAGAGGAAAGAGCAGAAAGAAUAAUGAAUCUGGAGAAAGAAAUGCUGCAAUAGCUGAAUCAACUCAAAACUUUUGGAAUGGAGCUUCUAUUUUUAAAGGACUUGUUUCCCGGGUGCAAAAGACACUGCGUGGUUCUGCUGAUGACAUAGGAUGGCUACAGAGGGAACCAGGAAUGCCACCUGUCGAAGAUGGCACAAGAAGAUUCAAUGAGCUUCUUGUGGACAUUAGAAAAGGAGAGCACAAGUUGCCAGAAUCAUUAGUCUAUUUACUGGUACCAGGUUUAUUCAGCAACCAUGGUCCCCUUUAUUUUGUCAAUACCAAAAGAUUCUUUUCAAAGCUUGGUCUGGCUUGUCACAUCGCCAAGAUUCACAGUGAGGCUUCAGUUGAGAAGAAUGCAAGAGAAAUAAAGGAUUACAUUGAGGAGCUCUAUUGGGGUUCUGGCAAAAGAGUCCUACUUCUUGGGCAUAGCAAAGGGGGAGUAGAUGCAGCUGCGUGCUUAUCUUUAUACUGGUCUGAGUUGAAAGAUAAAGUUGCUGGGCUUGCAUUUGCACAAAGCCCUUAUGGAGGAAGCCCUAUUGCCUCAGAUAUUUUACGGGAAGGGCAGCUUGGAGAUGUUGAAACUCGAAAGCUCAUGGAACUCCUCAUAUGCAAAAUUAUCAAGGGUGACUUGCAAGCACUAGAAGACCUCACAUAUGACAAGAGGAAAGAGUUCAUAAGACAUCACAAGCUACCACCGGAUGUGCCCGUAGUCUCAUUCCACACGGAGGCAAGCAUGGCACCUGGGGUCUUUGCUACCUUGUCUCGCGUUGCUCAUGCUGAACUCCCCCGCCUCCCUAUCCCCACCUUUGGCCCCUCAGGGAAAGAAGAAGAAGUUGAACCCACCAAAUUACCUGUUGUUUUUCCCUUAGCCGCUGCUAUGGCGGCUUGUGCAUUGCACUUAUAUUUGAGAUAUGGAGAAAAGAGUGAUGGUCUUGUUAUGAGGAAAGAUGCAGAGGUUCCAGGUUCUGUGGUGAUUAGGCCGGACCGUCAAAUGGACCAUGGCUGGAUGGUAUAUUCGAGUCUCAGUGAUGAUCCUAAUGAGGCUGAUGCCUCUCAAGUGUGUGAAGCUCUCUUGACAUUGCUUGUGGAGUUAGCUGAAAAGAAAAAAUUAGAAAGUGCCAAGAAGAAUGAAUGAAACCUGUGAGUUUUUACCAUGAACUGAUAUAUCAUUUCCUCUUUUUUUUUAAAAAAAAAAAUUAUACAUAUAUUCGUUUUCUAUUGUCUAAUGGUGUAUUUGGCAUUGGCCUGUUGAUUAAGUAGUUAAGUUGUAAGGGAAGAAAGACUCUGGUUCACGUUGCAGGUUCGAGCGUGCCCACUCAACCAGAAAAGGAAAGGAACAAGAUUGGCAAAUGACCAUUGUAAAGAUUUGUGUGCGUGUAGAUCCUUUCGGUCUCAUCCUCUUUCCUAUUUUCAUUAAUCAAGGUUGUUUUCAUAGUCCUUGUGUUAUGUCAGUUUUGAUGUUUUGAUCU